AGCCGCUGUAUUGUCAUAUGUUCCAGUUAAAGUAGCUAAUUUUUGUUGUAUUCAUAAUGAUUUGAAAUCUUUGUAAUUUUUUAAAGUAAAGAAUGCUGAAGAACUUGAAGUCGGUGCUUGUGAUUGGAGCCAAAGCUUCGCAAAUAAGAUGUACAUCAGUAAUUCGAAACUACUCACAAGCAGAUCAACAUAAUAUUAAAGAUUCUAAUAUUGAGCGAUUAAAACGCGAGCUAGAAACGGAUAAAGUUGCUUUGAAAUGGAGAACACCAGUUGGCGAGGACCCGAAAGAUUGGACCAGUAAGAUGGCUUUGUUUUCAAAUAAAGAAAGUAAUUCUGAUUUUAUUAUAAUGAUGCAAAAUCCUAUAAAUUGGACACCGAAAGCAAUAAAGGCCUGGUGGCAAAAGCGUAACGUAUUUGUGGAACGACAUAUGCAACAAUAUGUGCCAUUACGUCAUGAAAUACUUGGGUCAGAUUUAGCAGUUGCACAUUUCAUACUCUUUAGAGGAGGUACAGUUAAGUUCACGCAUAGUCCUAAUUGGAUGCGUGCUAAUAAAGAUCAGGAAUUUGAUUUGCCUAAUAAAUUUGACCCUUUGUACAAAAUUGAGGCUUUACGUUGCGAUAACAUGACACUAUAUUACGAAGGGCUUGAAAAUAUACGUUGUUUGAACUCUUUAAAGCUUCUUUCUUUUCGCAAUGUGAAAACGUUUGAUGACUGGUGCUUAGACCGUGUAUCUGGAGGAAUAUACCCACAACUAGAAACUUUGGACAUUUCUGGUACACAAAUCACUGCAAGAGGCCUUUCAUGCUUAUAUCGAUUAAGCUCCUUAAAGUUACUCAUUGUUAGCAAUCGGAAUGAAUCUAUUGAGUUCGAACUUACAUGUGCUAUGUUAGAAGAAGCUUUACCCAACAUAACUAUUGCAAAUAGCGAUGAAGAACAAAAAAGAGUUAAAGAGUAACAUUUUCUCAGACUUUAAAUUUUUAUGUUUUAUUUAUUGAAAUAUAUAAUAUAAUUUAAA